CCAAGAAAAGGUCCUCGUCAUGAACAAGUCAUGUUUGUGCCGGUGCAAGGCAGGCCAGAAAGGCCCAGCCACCGCCAUCCUGCGUCCUCGGAUUCGUCUUCAAAACUCUACAAAUACUAGAUCCGUUGACCCAGGGACCCUAUAACUCUCACCCUGACCACUACCAUGCACGGAUUCGAUGCAUUGCCUGUAGAGCUCAUCGCAGACAUUCUGGGUGAGCUUGACGUCUCCUCUCUUAUAACCGUCUCCUACCUCUCCCGCCGCCUGCACACGAUUUCCUCUGACAACUCCCUAAACCCAUGGCGUCGACCUAUCUUGCGUAAUCUCCAUGCUGCUUAUCUAUCUCAGGAUGCUGCUUCAUAUGAACCUUGCUUGAAACAUCUGAGCGUCAGGACCACGGUGCCGAGGCAGAAUUGGGUGGAGAUCUUGAGUUUGGCGAAGACGGAAUGGUUGCUGUUUCAAGCGACUUUGCCGAAUUUGAAGGCGAGUGAAUGGGAAGAGGCGUUUAAGAGACGGUUCCUGCCUGGAUGGGAGCGUUGGAAGAAGGAUACGAGUUGGAAAGAGGUCUUCAUGAAGAUGCUCCAUCGAGUUUGGCAUAGAAGUCACUCAUCAUGCACUUCUGAUGAAGCGUGGACGAAGUAUAUCACCAUCAAUCGCACUGGUACGGCUAACGAGCUGGAGGCUUCCUCCCGUAACUACAAUCCGGUGACUAUAUUCAAUGAAUUCAAGCUGCAGAAUAAUCUAGCACAUAUGCAAACUCAUAUCAGGCUUGUCGUUGAGUUCGCGGAUGUUCGCAUUCUUGCUUUCGGUGUGCUUCAUAAGCCGAGGAGCACCUUCAGGAUAAACCGUAAUGCGCGCAUACUCCUCCAUCCACCCGGCGUGGAGAAAGAUGUUUGCGAUGAUGACCCUGAGUGCAUCGAAUGGCGUAGUACACGUAGUACUCAGUCAUCCUAUUCAAGCGACCAUGUGCAUGCUGAACAGGUGGUAGCCCCAUACACCCAGGCAAAUCUCAAUCAGAUGUACCGGCGACUUGUUCGCCCGUUGCCUGCUGCGUCACAUGCCAACUAUCCAUUUUACACGCCAGGAGGCGGUGAUAAACGUUGGUUUGGCAUGGGCGAGAACGAAGAGGGAGGGAGGAAAUGGAUGGGAGGCUUAAUGCUUACCGCUCAAAUCCUCGGACCACAUACCAAGGAGCCCUUCACUGACGGACCUCGUCUUCAGGACAUGGAUCUCGUCAUCGGUGCAGGUCGGUCGCAGUACGCGUCCUUCACUUGGGCAGACCUUGAUGCAAUUGCUCCGUGGUUGGAGUUGACGAAGAGGAUUGACGGUCCGGGCUUAGGGCAUUAGAUUAUACUGCGUCCGCAGUUGAAGGCAGACGAAGAGCUUCCGGACAGAAUACUUCCACCCAUAUCUUGUUUGUGAGAACCUUGUUUCUUAUUUCUAUUGUGUACACUACGUAUUCGCUGAUUGUCUGUGUAUAAGUAUGCGUCUCUGUUCCCAGUAUGAGUCUCUGAUAUCCGAGCUUCGGCUGGCUGCUUGACUGCUUGACUGCCUUGUUCUUGAUGUGC